UGCACAUGCGAAAACAAAGUACGAAAAAGCAGUGUUUUAUACCGAGCUAGAAACCUUCCCUUGUAUCUUGCAAACUGUGAAGAUGGAUCCUGAACUAAAAAAGGCAUUUACCGAAAUGCAGGUGAAUAAGAUCGAAUCUACCAAGAAGAUUCGCCUGCUGCAUAUGAAGACGGAUAGUUUGAAGCUUUCGAAGCAGCGUAUCGAAGUAACGAAUCGACACAUCUCCAACCUUGAUCCCACUACCAAAGUGUACGCAUCGGUUGGUCGUAUGUACGUGCUGAAUGAUGUUCCAACGUUGACCGAACAGCUAAAAACGACCCAAGCUUCCUACGAAGAAAUGAUCGCACAGUGCGAGAAGAACAAAGACUUCUUGAUUAAAAAUCUCAAGGAUCAGGAAGAAAGUCUCCGCGAGCUGGUACAACAGAAGAAGGCAGAAACGACCGAAACGAAUGGAAAGCCAGUGGAAUAAUAAGUGGUAGAAUUCAACGAACAAUAAAUUAAUAAUCCAAUCAACUGCCUUUAUUUAGAGUACCAUCUAAAUCAAAAUUAGCGUACGAACAAAACUCAUUGCCAAGAUUGCGUUCAUGCUCUGGUCGAAAUUGGCACAUAUCAACUCCUAGAUGUUCCUUGGCCCAGUCCUGCAC